AUGUCCUCAGCCGAAGAAUCCCCCGCCCAGCGAGCAGCCCGCCUGCGCCGCGAACGCCGCGAAGCCAAAAUCAAAGGCGAUGGAGCAGCUCGUCUAGACAAGAUUACCAGUUUGAGUGGACGGACACCUGCUAGUCUCCGCGAAGAAACCUCUCCCUCUCCCUCUCCUUCUCCGGCUCCGGCCGCAGCACAAGCUACCACUACAGCACUAAGCCCCAGCCCGAGCCCAAGCCCGGCCCCCGAACCCCGAACCACUCAACCUUCCUUCCCAAGCCAAGCCCCCCAGCAACAGCAAGAACUCGACCCCGAAACGCUCCAAGCGCAGCAGGAGCUCUUCCGCGCCCUACUCCGCCAGUCUGGCCAGCCUGGCGACUCACCCAGCGGAAGCCCAGGACCCCAAGCAGGAGGACCAGGAGGUAUGGGAGGAAUGGGAGGUCUAGGCGGCGAAGCGGACGACCCGACGCUGAAACUUCUCUCGAGCCUAAUGGCCGGGGAUACCAGUGCGCUGGGCGAGGGCUCACUGCCUGGAGGACAAUCGCCCGCGGACUUACUAACGGGGUUGGGAGUUCCGCCAUUUGUGGCGAGUAUGUUGGGAGAGGCGACGCGGAAGAAGAGUGAUGAAGAGAAGCGGGAGAUUCUGGUGUGGAAGGUGCUGCAUGUGGUGUUUUCUGUGUUGAUUGGGGUGUAUUUGUUGGUGUUAAUUGGUUCGUCGGUGGCGACGUUUGGGAGUCAGCCGCCGCCGCCGGCGACGGCGAGGAAUCCGUUCUUGUUCUUUACGACGGGGGAGGUGGUGCUUACUGGGGCGAGGAUUAUGAUGAAGAGGGGGGGAGGGGGUUUAGGGUUGUGGGUGCAGUUGGUUAGAGAUAUUGCGAGGGAUGGGAGUAUUGUGUUGUUUUUGUUUGGGAUGGCGAAUUGGUGGCAUCGGGAGUGGACGGCUAAUUAG